CCCCUCCACUGCAGAGGGAAGCAGGAUGCUAGCUACCUUCGGUGUAGCCAUGGAGCUUUAGCAUUAAGUUACUGCUAAUUUAAUACACUUAGCGGGGACAUAUGUUGCUUUUAACUCGCUCUGGUGGAUGUCUAUUGGGUGUAUUAUUAACCAGCGUUUCCGGAUGAGUUGAAACGCCAGUCUUCACGUUGUUUUGAUAUUGUUGAGGUUAGCCACUGUUAGCUUCCCCUUACUUUUGCAUGGGGAGUUAGCUUAGCACGUCAAAGUUGGACAAAAUCGUAUCCGUGAGCGUAUUUUACAAUGGAAACUAGCCUAAAAUCGGCUUAGUGAUGUUAUUAAGGCGUGAUUUUUAUAAUGUAGUUGGGUUUAGACGUAAGUAUAAACACUCAGUAGCCUCCUUGUUAGCCCUAAAGUCGGGGUAUGACUUCCCAUAUGCUGUCAAUGGAGCCUCCGCUGGUUACACUACCUCAAUUCACCGAAAACUCUUAUAAAAUGACUGAGGACGACGUGAAACGAUUGAUCGAGUUCAGAGCGUCCAAUGAGGCUCUGUUCACCGGGAAGAGGAACUCGGCCAAGAUCGCCUGGAGUGUUAUUUUAAAAGGCUUGGGACUCGAGGGGAAGCUGACUCCAGACCAGAUUGCCAAGAAAUGGGACAAUCUUCGGACAAAAUAUAAGGACUUGAAGCAGCCAUACCAGGGGCAGGAGGUCUCUGGGGUGGUGGAGUCCUGGCCCUGGUUCCACAUGAUGGAGGAGGCGAUGCACGGACGCCUGUUCAACAGCAGCAUGGUCCUAAACCCGGACUCUGAACCUGACCAGAACCAAGACCAGAACCAGACCCAGAACCAGAAUCAGCCCCAGGAAAACCAGGACAUACUCGAGUUCCUGAUAAAGACGGAGAUGGACGAGUCGGUGAACAUGAGCCGAAGGACGAGGAGUUCAACGGGGAACACGGCCACCGGAGGAGCUCUGGGCUGGAGGAGGAUAUCAGAGUGCUCCUACAAAUGGACAGACAAUGAAACUGAAAAACUAAUUAAACUUCGAGCUUCAAAUGAAGUCCUGUUCACUGGAAGAAGGAACACAGCAAAACCAGCCUGGAGAGCCAUCCUGUUCGAGAUGGGGCUGCAGGGAAAAGUGUCCAUCGAUCAGCUGGCAAAAAAAUGGGACAAUCUGAAGAGGAAGUACAAGGAGCUGAAGUUCCCUGCUCCCGGUGUGGACCCAAACCUGAGCUCAUGGCCCUGGUUUUUCCGGAUGAACGAGGCGAUGGAGGGACGUUUAGCCGGAGCUGCUCCCCUCCUCACUCCCAUCAUCGAAGAGGAAGAUGAGUUCUGUGAAGCUCCCUCUCCGAUGCCCAAAAAGAGGCAGAGACGCAGCCGUGGGAUGACGGACUUCCUGACAGAGAGCGAGAUUGACCUCCUGGUGGAAAACGUGGAGAAGAACGGAGCGGGGAAUUUAGCCGAGGCGCAACGAGGGAGUGAAUAUAGCUACAAGUUGACAGAAGAAGACACUCGGAGAUUAAUCGAGUUACGAGCAGCAAAUGAAGUUUUGUUCACGGGAAAAAGGAACACCGUCAAACCGGCCUGGAGGGGAAUUGUGAAGGAGCUCGGACUCACGGGGAAAAUCACUCCGGAUCAAGUUGCAAAGAAAUGGGACAAUCUCAAGACCAGGUUUAAGGACCUGAAGUUCCCUCCUCAGGGGAUGGAGGGCCAGGUGAACCCCGCAGGCUGGCCCUGGUUCCAGCUCAUGAGCGACGCCUUCGAGGGCCGUCUACUCGGAAAAGCACCCUCUGUGGAGCCUGUGUGGAAUAACUCUGACGAUACACUCUUCCUGUCCUCCCCCCCGCCCUCUGUGCCUCCCGAGAGAGACUGCCCCCUGGAGGACCGGAGCGCGGUACAGGAGCUGGAGCAGAGUCUGGUGUCGGAAAACUCCGUAGAAAACACAGAGCAUGAGGAGAGCCUUGGACAUUCAGAUGGAAAUGUGACCCUGAUAGACGCCAAUGGAGAGGAGUCAUCAUCGCCCACAGAACACUCAUAUAAAAUGUCGGAGGAGGACACUCAAAAGAUGAUCAAACUCAGAGCUGCAAACGAGGCCUUAUUCACCGGACGCAGGAACGCUGCCAAAGCUGCCUGGAGAGCAAUCCUGAGAGAGCUGGGUCUACAGGGGAAGGUCUCCACGGUUCAACUCGCCAAGAAAUGGGACAACUUGAAGAGGAGAUACAAGGACCUGCGGUUUCCUCCAGUCGGGAUGGAGACCUCUGUGGACCCUUCUUCUUGGCCCUGGUUCAGUUUGAUGCAUGACGCCAUUGAGGGCCGCUUGUCCCACAGUGCCCCCAUGCUCGACCCAGAGAACUGCGGCCAAGAACUUGACGACACACCCCACAAACUCCGCCCGCAGCGACAAAUAGCUCCUCCCAUACCUCACCAAGCCCCACCUACCCCUCACCAAGCUCCACCUACACCUCACCAAGCCCCACCUACUCCUCACCAAUCGUCCAAUCAAAUUCAUAUUCCUCCUAAUACAGCAACAACUACUCCCGCUCCCGAUUUUAGCACGGAAACAUUUGUGACUGAGAAUAACGUCGCUUUACAUCGUGAGUGGGGCAUUUUGGACCGAGAGCGCGCCCUGCUGGAGAGGGACAGACAGUUGGUGGAGCAGGAGAAAGCUUCUGUGCAGAGGGAGAGGGCAGCAGUGCAGGCGGAGCGGAUGUGGCUGGAGCGGGAACGUGCGGAUCUACAGCGUGACCGUGCCAUGGUGGACCAGGAGAGGGCCGCACUGGCGCGGGACAGGGAGAUACUGGACCAGAGGGCGAUUAUGCUGAACACUGUAGGACACGUGCAACAUCUCAACUCACUCAUGUAGAAUCUGAACUGUUCAAAGAUUAUUUUUAUGUUUUAAAUGGCCCAUAUUAUGCUGUUUUCUGAUCUGUGUUAUAAUGUUGUUUGCUCAUCACAAACAUAUCCGGAGUUGUGUUUUGUUUCAUUCACACAGGGUUAACACACAAACCCUGCAUAUUUAGUAUAGUUCUUCUCUCAAACAGAAAAUGCACUGCUCCACCUUGUGAUGUCAUGUGGUAGUACAGGAAGUGCUCCACUAUGUUUUUAAACUCCACACACUAGAAUCUAUUGAAUAAUUUCAGCCCCGGAAUUGCCCUUCUCUACUGAACUAAAGGUAAAAGGAGCUGUUACCUUAAACUACUGCUUAAUGACAUCACAAGGUGAAACACAGCAGUUUGCUCCUUCUGACCCUCUCCUCUGCAUCUACUCAUAUAUUCACUGUUCUUCCUCUAUACAAACUAUUAGUCUGGGAACUAUCUCCUAAACCUCUAAUGUGGGCUGUCCCUUCCUUUAUGAUUUAGCUUGAUAAUCAUUUCACUAAAGAUAUCUUGUUUAUAACAUGUAUUUAUUUCAACCACUUGUAUAAAGGAGAAAUGCUUGCCAGUUUUGGAUUUGAAAAUAUUUUAAUUUGUUUUGGAUAACGCCUUAAACUGCAGAAAAUGUUUAGUUAAAAAUGCAAUAAUCUUGUGUUGCUGCGUGGACUGAAAACACGUGAGAAAACAACUGUUCAUAAGUGUGAUAUAAUGUAAAAAGUUGCUUUGUUUGGUUUUUAAAGUUUCAAAUAUAUUUUUUAAAAAGUG